AUGUAUUCCUUCCAGAUGUACGAUGAGAGUGAUGAAUCCAGCGAUGAUAGUCGACCCAGUGGACACUCGUCAACUCGCAAGCGUCUUCCCUUCGAUCCCAAACCUCACCUAGUCACUAUUGUCAAAACUAACACAGGGUUUGGUUUCAACGUGAAAGGGCAGGUCAGCGAAGGAGGCCAAUUGCGAAGUUUGAAUGGUCAAUUGUAUGCACCACUACAACAUGUUAGCGCAGUACUUCCAGGCGGGGCUGCGGAACGGGCCAAUCUAAAAAGGGGGGAUAGGAUUCUUCAAGUGAAUGGAGUCAACGUAGAGGGAGCAACACAUAGGCAUGUCGUGGACUUAAUAAAACAUGGUGGUGAUCAGCUUACAAUGAUUGUUAUUUCUGUGGAAGAUUCCGAAGUAGAUAGAUUUGAAUAUGGUGAAGAAAGCGUGAUUUCUUACCAACACGAUUAUUCCGAAAGCAGGUCGUUACCGGUAACCAUUCCCACCUAUCGUACAGUAAAUGAUGGUGUUGAAAAGUUUGUGGUUUUCAACUUGUUUAUGGCUGGUCGACACCUUGGAUCACGACGCUACAGUGAAUUUGUUGAAUUAUACCAGCUUUUACGUCGUGAAUUUUCUGAUUUUUGUUUCCCAAAAUUACCUGGGAAGUGGCCGUUUUCGUUGUCGGAACAGCAACUUGAUGCGAGGAGACGUGGUCUCGAGGUAUAUUUGGAGCGCGUUUGUUCUGUGAAAGUAAUAGCGGAUUCUGAUAUCAUGCAGGAUUUUCUUAUGGAGUGUGAUCCGUCAUGUGAAGUAGAAGUACGGGUUCUGUUACCUGAUGGAGGAAGUGUCUGUGUAUCUAUUCGACGAAACUCAUCAACUUCAUUCUUGUUUGCCCUUGUUGCUCGAAAAUUGAACAUGUCUCGCGAUAUGGCUCUCUCUUGUGCAAUAUUUGAAACAAUGGAACAAUCCUUUGAAAGGAAAUUGCUUGAUGGUGAAUUCCCGCAUCAGCUUUACAUCCAAAACUAUUUGUGUGCGUCAUCUUCCUGUCUGGUGUUGAGGAAAUGGAUUUUUGACCCAGAUCGAGAGCGACAAUUAUGUCAAAGAGAUCCAGUAUUCCGUCAAUUCAUUUUUCAUCAAGCUGUUGCUGAUGUUAACGAGGGAAGAUUGAAAUCGUGUCAAAAGAUGUACCAGUUGAAAGCAAUACAAAAUGAAGGAAAUGCUGAUGAGUUUCUGGAAAUGACUCGUGGAAUGUCCGGGUACAAUGAAGUUGUAUUCCCUCCUUGUUGUUGUCCAACAAGGAAAGCUGGUGAUGUUAUAAUGAUAGUGCGUUUUUCAUCACUCCUACUAACUUCCAGCCCUCCGAGUUCUGAGGUAGUUUUCAACUGGGAUGAUAUUCUAGAAUAUAAUGUUGUAGACGCUGGAAGGGCAUUUCAGUUUAUUUUCAAAAGAGAAGACAAGCAGGCAAAGCCUAUCAAACUUCUCAGUAAUUAUGUAAGCUUAGGUUUUUUAAAAGUUUUUGUGGAUUUGUUUACUAUUCUGUUCGAUAUUGUAUUAAAAUUCAAAACCAGUUCGUCCGUGUUGUUAUUGUGUGUAAGUUCUAAGUAG